AUGUUUAAAAACAGACAGUAUGAAGUAGUUAAGAAAGGUGAUGUGAUCUAUGGUACCAAGCCUUUGCAAUCUAUUGAUUCGAAGGCUACAAAUUUGGUAUUUGGGGGUGAAUUGGUUGGUCAAUCCAUAAUUGCAGCGUGGGAAACUGUUCCUGAAGAAGGAUGGAGUCCAAAUUCUUUCCACAGUUACUUCAUAAGACCUGCAACAGUAGAGAGUGUCAUUAGGUAUGAAGUUAUCGAGCAAAGCAAUGGAAAGAAUUUCAAGAAUCGUUUAGUGAAUUGUUAUCAGGACAAUACUAAUAAGCUAGUCUUCGUUGCCAUGAUGUCCUUCGGUUAUAAUAAUAACAGUGUUCAAAGGAUUAAAGACUGGCAUAGUUCACCUAGUCCAAAUGUUAAGAGUGUACCUUACGACUUCCAGUUUAAACCAAAUGACUAUUUCUUCAAAUACAAAGAUAAUAUGGAGGAAUUGAUGAUUUUCAACACCACUAACGAUUCCAUCCAAGCUAUGGUACCCCCAGAAAUUUUCGAAGAUGCAGAAGAUGCAGAAAAGACCAUCGAUAUCGGUAACAGAAGACUUGGAUUUUUUACCAGGGUAAAUACAGAUGAGCUCAUGGAUGCUAAAAGUGAUAUCAAAGCCAAUUAUGCUGAUUUAGGAUUUGUCACGGAUGCCACCACUUUAGUGAUUUUUUUUAGAUCUCUAGGUAUUGCUUUUAACUUCAAGUAUUUCUGGUAUAAAUAUGCUAGUAUGGACCACAACAUCUAUUUCCAUGAUCACGAUUUUAAUAUAACUGAAUGGAUUUUUAUCGAUUAUAGAUUUACAAGAUUGAGUAACGGUAGAGUUUCAUUCGAAACCUUUGGUUUCAAUACUGAGGGAAAAUUGAUAGUAAGUGUUUAUCAAGAAGCUCAAGUACAAAUACCCAAGAAAGUUGCGGAUCAAGCAACUGGGGGAUACUAUAAGUUAUGA